AUGUCGCUCACCACCGGCCCGCUCACCGGCGAUGCCCUCAUCACAAAGUACAUUUCGCCCGCCACGUGGGCGCUGGUGCAGGACAAGUUCUCGCCCUUUGGCAAGCAGACCCUCAUCAAGGUCAUCAACUUUGUCGAGCACGAGUGCAACCCGGCCGAGGAGCUCUACCACGCCCAGGUCUCGACCGACCCCGCCACCCGCUGGAAGAUUGUCCCCGAGAUUGUCGAGCAGCUCAAGAAAAAGGCAAAGGCCCAGGGCCUCUGGAACCUCUUCCUCUCCAAGAAGCACUACCCUGACGUCGGCACCCCGCUCACCAACCUCGAGUACGGCAUGAUGGCCGAGAUCAUGGGCCGCGGCUCCCACUUCACCUCCGAGUCGAUGAACUGCUCGGCCCCCGACACGGGCAACAUGGAGGUCUUUGCAAAGUACGGCAACCAGGAGCAGAAGGACACCUGGCUCCGGCCCCUCAUGAACGGCGAGAUCCGCUCCGCCUUUGCCAUGACCGAGCGCUUCGUCGCCUCGUCGGACGCCACAAACAUCCGCACCUCGAUCCGCCGCGAGGGCGACGAGAUCGUCGUCAACGGACACAAGUGGUGGAUCUCGGGCGCUGGCGACCCGCGCUGCGCCGUCCACCUCGUCAUGGGCAAGUCGGACCCGGACAACGCAAACACCCACAAGCAGCAGAGCCUCGUCAUUGUGCCCGCCAACGCGCCCGGCGUCAAGGUCAUCCGCCCCAUGCAGGUGUUUGGCUACGACGACGCCCCCGAGGGCCACUGCGAGGUCAUCUACGACAACGUCCGCGUGCCCCUCAAGAACCUCGUCCUCGACUGGGGCCGCGGCUUCGAGAUCAUCCAGGGCAGGCUGGGACCCGGCCGCAUCCACCACUGCAUGCGCUCCAUCGGCACCGCAGAGCGCGCCCUCGACCUCCUCCUGAUGCGCGCCACCGACCAGCGCAAGAAGGCCUUUGGCAAGACGCUCAGCGAGCACGGCGUCAUCGUCCAGAACGUGGCGUGGUGCCGCAUCAAGAUCGACCAGGCGCGCCUCCUCGUCCUGUCGGCCGCCAACAUGAUUGACGCCACCAACGCAAAGGGAGCGCUCAAGGACAUUGCCAUGUCCAAGGUGGCCGUCGUCAAGUCGGCCCUCGAGGUCGUCGACAUGGCCAUGCAGGCCCACGGCGCCGAGGGCGUCUGCCAGGACACGCCGCUCGCCAGCGCCUGGGCCGGCCUCCGCACCCUGCGAUACGCCGACGGGCCCGACGAGGUCCACCUGCAGCAGCUCGGCAAGCUCGAGCUGCGUCGCGCCCCCGAGCUCUGGGACAAGGCCAACCUCCGCUCCGCCGUCUCCAAGAAGCUCAUGGACAAGCACGGCCUCAAGUCGCACCUCUGA